AACACCUUGGGGGUCUACUUUACCUGAAAUAAGUACUUGUACAACAGCUAAGCCGGGAAGGGAUGGAUGGGCGCACAGUUCUUCCCUUUCCAUCAUAACCGCUGGCCAAGCUUGGGCUGCUGUCGUGUGCUACUUUCUGACCCUCUGUUACUGGCACAUAUCACACCCCCGGGUUUCCCUCUCCCACUUCCCACUUUCUCCUCGAUUGACUGCUAUUACUACUGCUCGGCCCCUUUCACCCCAUCGCCCUCCUUCAACAGCAACACUCGCUUCACCUCUGGCAAUCUGGCUUUCUUUUUUGUUGGGCAGCGUCCUUGUCGGGAUCAUUUGGCCUCCUCGUCCUCUUCCGGCCUGUUCUUCACGCAGGAACAUUCAUUACCCGCGGUCCCACAACUGCAUGUAGACCUCUUCGCCCACCAUGGCUCAUCUCAAUAUCUCCCGUCCGUCUUCAGCCUUAGCUGUGCUCGAUCGCAUUUCAGCUGUAUUUGUUGCUAUAACGAUACUGGGGGUGAUCAUUCGCUAUUGCUGGUAUGAUGCAAAGGAUCCAUUCAAAUGCGGAGCCCUCCUCAAUGACGGAGAGUGGCUUGAUUCGACUUUCAAUGGCACGAUCCCCAGCAACUGGCAGGUCCCGGGGUGUACUGUUCGAAAGUACGAUCCGAAAGAUAUCCAAUCCUGCCUUGCGAACCGUCGGGCUUUGUUCAUUGGGGAUAUGACCGUCCGGGAGAUAUUUUGGGCUACCGCUCGCUCGCUCGACCCGGAAGCCCGCCCACAAGCAGUUGGGGAACAUAUCGAUAUAUCUGUUACCAAAGGCGACGUCACGUUGAAAUUCAUUUGGGAUCCCUAUCUCAAUUCCAGUGCUUUAGCUACCGAGCUCGCCGAAUUUGGUGGCGGAACCGCGGGCGUGGGUUCUGGCUCUGCGGCAUUGGUUCUGAUGGGUUCAGGGUUGUGGUACGCGAGGCACGAGAAUCUCAACGGGCUUAAGAAGUGGAAGGAUAAUAUCGAUGAUGUUGUGCAGCAUAUGCGGGAGGGUCGGACUAGUACGGACUUGGCAGGGUCCGAUAUUUUGCUGCUUGCCCCGGUGCUUGUCCCACAGUACGAAUGGCUCACUGAUGAUCGGAGGGAAACUAUCACACCCGAUAAAAUUGGCGCCAUGAAUGCAUACCUAAAACAACUCUCUGCCUUCCAAGGAGUAGAUGUUUUUUGGGCAUUUGACGAAAUGAUGAGAGAUCUUCCACAAACUUACCAGAGCUCGGGUAUCCAUAUUAAGGAAGAGGCUGCCGACAAGCAGGCCCAAGCUCUACUGAACUUGAGAUGUAAUGGGGAAAUCACCCGCUUCCCUUAUGAUGGGACUUGCUGCAAUAAGUAUCAUCCCCCAAAUUAUAUCCAAUGGCUGGCGCUCGUGUUUGUUCUGGCUGUCCUUCCCACAAUUAUAUAUAUGAGACACGGAGGUGCCACACCUGCCUCCUUGAUAAGCCAAUUCAACUGGCUUCCCUCAAAUGAGAUAAUCCAUUCCUUGUUGAUAUUCGGACUCGUUGUGAUUUAUUGCUUUUACGCAGACCGCACUCAGGUUUUUGGCAAAUCUCAGAAGCAAUUUCACAGUUCAGACAUGCUCUGGCUCUUUGUUGGGACUCUUUUCUUGGGGCUGAUAGCAAUUAGGAGGACAGCACCUGCCGCUACCUCGGAUCAGCCGCUUUUGAGUAGGGAGCAGUGGUAUGAGUGGAAAGGGUUGCUCCUGGCCACCAUGCUUAUAUGCGACUAUACUGGCGGAAUAGAGAGUGCUAAGAUUAAUGCAGUUUAUCGGCUAUCAGUCGCUGCAUAUUUGUUUCUGAACGGAUAUGGCUACUCCCUAUAUCUUCUCAGGAGCCAGGACUACACGCUCAAACGGUGUGUAGCUGUCUUGAUUAGGUUAAAUUUCUUGAGUGCCCUUCUCCCGUAUAUGAUGGGGACCAACUAUGUUUUCUAUUACCUUGCACCAUUGGCGACUUAUUGGUUCUUGAUCAUUUACUUGACGUUAUGGAUUGGCGAAAAGCAUAACUCGAAUGUCAAGUUCUUGCUUGGCAAGAUCUUUGUUUCUGCUAUAGCUACUAGGCUAUUGCCGGGUAUAUUGGAGAUCGUGUUCCUCGUUUUUGGAGCUGCUGCAGGGUCGCAAUGGGAUGUCUUGGUAUGGAGGGAUUACAUUGUUUCUGAUUUGUGGAUGGUUUACACUGGAAUGGUGGGCUCGGUUUUGUUCUCGAGAGCGAACGAAAACUCGUACACUUCUACUAGAUGGUUUCUCCUCGCUCGCCGAUAUGCGGUUGCUAUUUCAGCCCUCGCUAUUCUGCUGUUUUACUUGUUUUUGGCCUCGAGAGGGGAGGAUGGCGAAUAUAGUGCUUAUCAUCCUUAUAUCUCAUUCAUCCCGGUACUAUCAUACUUAGCUCUCCGCAACGCCACACCGCAACUCCGCAAUGCACAUUCAUAUACUUUCUCCUGCCUCGGAAAGUGUUCGCUAGAAGCAUUCGCUCUACAAAACCAUAUCUGGAUGGCCGCAGACUCAAAAGGGCUCCUGGAACUUGGAGCCUUUGGCUCAUCCCGAAAGAUAACUAAUUUCGCUCUGGCGACUCUGUUAUUCCUAUACCUCAGCCAUCGCGUGGGAAGGGCGGCGGAGGUUUUGACUCCGUGGAUUAUGGGCAUCCGGCCCAUGCUGCGUAAACCGAGUCUUCCGAUAACGAGUGACGAUGGGGAAGUCAAGGGAAGCGAGACACUGGACCGCAGCCAAGAUUACAUCGACGUACAAAUUUCCCAACUCAAGGCCACGCGAACAGACGGCGGUGGUGCGAGACUGAGUUCGGGUGCAGAGGGUUCUCAGGGGGACAGUUCUGGAGGAUUAUGGGCGGACUUUAGAGUACGGGUCCUAGUGAUUGGAGCCGUCAUGUGGUUCGCGAGUAUUGUAAGUUGAGCUGUUAAUAGACAUUGUAUGCGGGAAGCUGAUUGAAACUUGCACUAGACAACCUAACGAGGUACGAACUGGGAUAGAAGGGGACAUUUCAUGCUUUCUAUUUCUACUCUAUUUUAUACCAUAAUUCCUUUUUAGUUGACGGACCGCGCUACUACGGGCGUACCUACCCCACCAUGGGACGUUUUUCCUUGUUUAUAUAAAGGUCCUUUUUCUCUUUUUCCCCUGUAACAACCUUAUAUUUUCCUUUUCAUUUCUACAGAUACCACAUCAUCAUUGCUAUCAUCAUCGUCAUCAUUUCUUUUUUCUGGGCGUUUUCGACGGGGUGAUAAGUAUAUAGACUACUGCCCUACAAUCGUACAUAAAAGGAUGUCUAAAGGAUAUAUAGUGAGAGGAGAUAAUUACUAUGGU